AGGCGCGCGGGGAUUCCCCGAGGGAAGUUCCCAGCUAGUUGUAAAACAUGUAAAAAUGUACAUUUGUGCGAAACACUCCAUUUCCUCCCCUUUAACGUGAACACUGAGAUGUAGAACAGGACCGAGAACGCGCCAUGACAUCUGAACGGUAGAUAAAUGACCCAUGACUGCUGUGUCCGUGAUGUUACUGAAGGCUGCGGCAUGGACCGAAACAUUGGUGAUCCGCUAAACAAAGCCUACGAAGCCUACCGCAACAUCUCCAUUGAGAAUGAAAAUGCCAAAAAGCAGUUACAGGAGAAGACAGAGCAAUUUCAACGGUAUACACAGCAGCUGGAGAAAAAGAUAGAAGACCAAGAGCAGGAGAUUUCACAGCUCAAAGCACAGUUAAAUUCAAUAAAGCAAGCUUCAGGGGAAGUGAAAUGUUGCGAGACUGCACACCGAAAACAGGAAACAGAAAGGUUGUCACCUAAUAUUCAGUGGCCUAGCAACUCCUCCACUUCCCACAGGACUAACUAUAUCCUGGAAUCCUUGGAGUUUCCACCGACGCGUCCCAAUCCAGUACCCGGAGUUAGUGGCAUGAAGAUCGAGGAUGUUCUAGACACGUUUCAGGAAAUCCAGGGGACUUUCCAGAGGAUUCAGACUCUUGCAAGACGGCAGAAAGAUCACCUGAAAAGAAUACACAAAGGAAAUGAUGCUGCCAGUGCAGAGCAACAGUUCUCCAUGCCUAUCCAAUGCACGGAUGACACCAGCGAACAAGAAGAAGAGCCCUUCUCUUCCUCCUCAAGGCCACAGGUUGAUGAAGACUUGACCUCAGGUGCACUAGCAUCACGUGGUGCCAGCCCGGAGGAUGGUGACUUUAUGGACGAUAUUAAGUUUCCGCCACCCACAGAUAGUGAAUAUGAAUUUCUGCUCAGUGAGCCAGAGAGGAGUGUACCACUUACAAUGCCCAGAAAAGACCUGUCAGAGCCCAUUUCCACAGUGUUGGAGGAGUCCUACUCCUCAUACUCUGUGUCUACUCCAGCAUCACACCUGCUGCCUGCAUCCGCAUCACACGAAGGAGUCCGGGGACCACAACAGAAUAGUAUGACAGAGAUAACAGCAUUGCUCAGUAGUGGACGGGAAGGAGUGGGGUCGUUAUGGCAGGAGGAGAUGGGGAUGUAUUAGAUUUUGUACCAGGAAAAUCUUGUGAAAGGUUUAGUUGUUUUUAAUUAUUUAAAUUAUACUGUAAGAUGGCAUUUAAGACUGUAAGAUUGUGGGGUUUCAUUUCAAUGUUUGUGCAGUUUAUUGUGAAUUUAACAGUGGGGAAUAUACGUAGGGGCAAAAGCCAAUAUAUUGUCUAUUGUAGAAAUGCUUUCAAGUAUUGUGAUGUGAUUUUUAAAGUCAUAUCACCCACCCCUACUCAAACCCAAAAUGCAACACAAAUGUACACUUGAAAUCACCUCUUUGCAGCUUAGAAUAUGUUCUUGUGUUCUUUUCUUGUGUUUUAGGUGAAAAGACCUGACCAUAGUGUACUCAAUGAAACAUAAAUGAUUAUGUUCCACUUUAGUACUUGAGAUUUUGGUGGCAAAUUUAAAUUUUGGUGCUGAUCUGAUAUUUUCCGCUGACUGUGAGGAUCAGUUAGGGUGUCUUUCUAAAUAUCCAUGUAGAACUGAUCAUUGUUUGACCUUCUGUUACACAGUAUGGUCUGUCAUUACAGCAAAUUGUAUUUUAAUUGUACCAAAGUGCUGUUGAAUUCUCAAUUCAACUCUGAGAGUAAUUCAGGUUUGUAUUAAUGCACUCAAUCUAAUGUUAUUGUUUCUGUAGUAACAGUGUACACAGGGACAUUUAUAGCAGUCACUUCAUUUAAAUGGAUAAAAGAUAUGUGUAAUUGCUGAUGUGGUGAUGUUUUCUGUGAGGAAACAUUUAUUUCAAUACAGGCAACUAUAAAUGGAUAAAGAGUAUCAUGUUUUAUAUUUGUAAUUAAAAAAAACUUGCUCGUGGUCACAAAUUGCUGUGGAAUAAGUGGAAUAAAACACUUCAAGGCAUGCUGCUACAGGCAAACAAUCUAGUGUCUACAGCCCUCUGCUGUUCCUAUAUAAGCACCUAUAUAAAAUUGCAUUUUAUUUUAUCCAAAAACCCUAUAAACCUGACCAUAUGCCUAUUAGCUUUACUAAUACUGAAUACUAUCACUAAUUACUGAAUGCUUUGUGAUAAUACCUGAAAAAAUACUUUUUCAUGAGAAUAUUUUAAUAAGAAAUUGAGAGUUUAAGAAGUUGAAAGCCUUUGCUCAGUUGGCAGCAUGAAAUUAUUUUUGCAUGAAGGAUUCCUGCGUUUUUUUUUUUUUGUUUUUUUUUUUCUUCAAAACAGGUACUGCUAGGACAGCUGGCUUUAUGCUAGGUCCUGAUGUGCUGAAACUCAGGAGUUGUGUGGUCAUGUUUUGAGUAUGGAGCUAUUUUGGUGCUUUGAAAAUAAGGAGCAGUUGCUUUGUCACAGUUUUAUACAUCAUGCUUUGACACUCAUUUUAAUGCACAGUGCACAUGUAUUGCAUUAAACACAGACCUGGUGUAUUAAGUGGUGUCUCUUUUUUUGAGCAGCCUCUGUGGGACCCUGAUCUGAUCCCUGCUAUUGCACCGGAAACAUCAAGCAUGGGGUCUGAUCACUGUACUUUUUGCAAGGCUACUGUUCCCAGUAACCUCAUGUACAGCCACCUCAAUUCACACUUCCAGAGCGAAGCG